GCAGUAGGGAAUAGUAGUACUAGUGUUUUUGGAGGAGUCAGGAGGCUCCUGUGUUAUUUGGAAUUCUUGUUUGGACUUGGAGCAAAAGAAGAAAGCAUCAUGGUCGACGCGCAGGCAGCGGCCUCGAUGGCCUUCCUGCAGGAGAAUGUGGGAGAGGCACUAACCGAAGCCUUCACAGCCCUCUCGCUAGCCCAACCGGCAGAUGCAGUCGACUUUCUGUCAACUUUCUUGCUGCAGUACGGCGUUUCAGCAGGAAAGAAGGCCUCCAGGGAUAAGGAGAAUUCGCGAAUUGCAGCUUUGAAGGCGAAGUUGGGGGAGGAAAAUGCGUAUAAGGAAAGAGUAGCAGCAGAUGCGAAGGCAAAAGAAGAUGCGACGGAAAAACGUACUCCUUCUGAAAGAAGAACUACUCCUUCUGCGCAGUUUGUUCUUCUUCUAAAUGUAGUAACUCUUCUUUUACUGUAUGAGCAGUUCAAUCAUGCCUUCUUCCUUCACUUCAGAGAUUUUUCAAGCAUUCACUUCAGAGAUUCUGCUCACAAAGAAAGAGACAAGAAAGUUGUUGAGAUUUAUUAGGUCAAGUAGAAAAAGAACGGGCACUGGGAUCGGACAAGAAGGACAUAAUCGAAAACUCAAAAUAACCGAGUUACUCACUGACUGAAAUAAGGUAGGUAGCUUAACAUCAAGGCUACUCUUCCUUCUCGUCAGUAUCUCGGUUAUUCUGAUCAGUUACAACUUGCUUAUUUCAAUUUAUCGAAUACAUCAAAGGUAAAGGAAUCCAUCCAACCUCUUACCAUAGGUUACGCCGAUUGCCUAGAAGCUUUGAAGGUGAUUGAGUCGUGGAGCGAGGAGACCUGGGAAGAGGUGUGCCAUAAUGCGUGUGCAGUCCUUGGGGGAACAGCGGGUUAUCUUGGCGUUUUAGAUGCCACACGGGAGGAACCGGAGUUGCAUUACACACAUGGUAAAAACAAAUGAGGGUUCCUGAUAACUUUGCUGGUUUAUUGAUUUUAAAAGCCGUUCGUCUUCUUGUUCUUGACCAUUGAAGACUACGUAGUUACUCCGAUCAGAAAUUGAACUUUACUAACAGACAUCACAUGAAGAUGAGUCAAUACUGUCAUAUACCAACAUCACAGGUCAGCCCCUUAUGGUGAAUCAGUUGCUGAAGGCAUCAGAAGGCGUGACUCACAAGAUUUUUGAGGAAGUUCCACCACCAGAAGUGGAAGAGGGCCAAGAGCACCUUCUAGCGGCACAUAAGAAGUUUCAGCACGUGGCCUGCGACUACGUCACAGACGUGCCGGAAGUGAAAUACUUCUCAUUUAUGCAUGACGAUGGCUUGAAAGAUGUGAUGCAUGUUCUAAUUUGAUGUCAUCUAUUGGUUGGAAUCAGUUGUUUCACCAGCUCCUACGUACUGUAGGAUAUGAAUAAAGAUGUCGAUUGCAUUUGUUCACUCUCUUUCACCAAGAAAAAGCUACUUCUUAUGUAAAUCUAUAUUAACUCUACUCAUUCUCAUCAAACAAAAUAAAAUCUGAAUCUCUACUCUUCUAACUCCCGGAUGAAGCUUGGUGCUUACUGUGCUGUACCGAUGAUCUAUCCUGGAUAUUUGACACUUGACGCAUUGGCGACCUUUUUGGAGUAUGAGAGAAAUCCGCCACAACCGCCAGAACCGGAAGAAGGCGCUGACCCAGAUCCAGACUGGACACCACCAAAGCCGGAGCCAGCAGCGACGGAGGUAAUAUUAGAAAUUUGCCAAUUGAUCAGUUCAAGUUCCAUUUUAAUUUUUGAGAACCGAACUGGGAAAGCAAGGUGAAUGUUGACAACAAAAUGUAAAUUCCAGUCCUAUUGACCCUAAUCUAGCUAAUCGUAUUUCCAGAAAUCAUUCGAGAUUGUCGCGAAAAUUUGUCAGGUGAAAAUGGCCUUCGCUGUAGAUUCAUUAUCAACGAACAAGAAGCUCAAAAUGGGCGAAGUUGAGAGGGUUUACACAUUAGCAGCAGCGGCGGGCGAAGCUAAGAGCAGAGUGGAGUUUGAAGGUAUUCACUGUUGUGCAUGCUCAGAGCACUCUUCGUGAUUCAUAUAAUUUCUCAAUAAACUUUCUUACAUCAUUUAUUUUGUGGAGAGCUGUUGGGAGCUAUUGUAGUCUUGUAAUUGAACUGCUCAAGAAACAUUAGUAUUUAUUAUGAAUUUCUCCCACCAUCAGACGUGUGGAAGCAAGCGAAGAUGUACGUGAAGGGGUCGGAGUUUGUAGAGGAAUUUGAGAAGCUUCAGGGUGCUGCACCUGAUGUAGCGAGUGUAGUAGCAGCCUACAAAGACGCACGAGAGGGUGCUGACUUGACAGAGACAGAACAGGCACUAGCAGAAACCGAAGCAGCUUUUCAGGUGGCGUGCAAAGCAGUGGAGGGUACUUAUCUAUUUACUGUUCUGAAAAAACAGACUACUGCUCAAUUCCUUGGACACUGUAGCCGCAUAACAAGCGGAUUUUAUUCUAUGUAUCAUCAUCCCUUGUCAGAGGCUAAUAUCACCUCCUCGCCAUCCCGAUUCAUCUCCUACUAGGUGUUCUUCCAGCAGUCGAGACGCUCUCGGCUUGCGCAGUGGUGCCGCCAGAGGUGGUGGCAGUAGUCCGCUGCAUCGGAUAUCUAGUUGGGUUUGAUGACACAACAUGCUGUGGAGGCCCGCAUAAGGAGGCGUCGUGGGCUUUACUAAAGAAAGUCAUCCCAGGCCUCGGACCCAAGCUCGUCGCUUGCAGCAUGACGAGCCCGCGACUAGGAAUCAGCAAGGAACAAAGGUGAGGUUUAUUUAGGGUGUGGUUUUAUACGUUAUACGUGGGUACUGACCCAAAAGAAACUGUUUUUCAACAACACCCUGAGCGGCGAUCAACACUUCCCUUCAACGUCCUCCUUGGGGCGAUCCGCCAGAACUGGACAGUCAUGUAGUGUGGCCGUGACGCCGCGGCAUCCUAUUCUAUCCUUUUCUACCCUAUCCUAUCCUAUUCUAUCCUAAAGUAGUGAGUUUGAGAUGAAUUAUUAUAGUAUCAGUAUCUUUGCUCAGAAAUGAAAUGUAAAAUGAUAGAAGCCGAUGUAUUCUUUUCCUUACCAGGGAGUACUUCUGUCUUGACAGCAGUCUUCAUUUUCUCUCUCCCAAAUACAGGUUCCCGAACAUCCAAUCUCUGAAGCCAGAGGCGAUCGCUGACCCUGUUGAGAUGGGUAGCUUUGGUUUCAGCGUCUUGUGGUACUGGCUGCAAGCAGCAUGCACUGUGCGAGAAGCCUAUCUAGCGGACGAAAAAGCCAAGUAUGACGAAAAGCGUGCUGUCUUUGAGGGUCACGCAGAGGUGAUGGCACGAUACUACGAGUUGUUGGCCGUAUUGAUUUUCCUUUUGUAGAAGAUGACUUUCUUAUUGUAAGUGUGUGAAGAUGUAAUUGAACAACGCGAGCAGUGGUCACAAUACGACCCCCUUUUAACCUUUUUAAAUUCAGUACUGCAUAUCCUCUCCUUCUUCCUCUCCCCACCUAUAGUACUGCCUAGCAUCGGCUUAUCCUCUCCUUCUUCCUCUCCCCACCUCCAUAGGAAAAAGCCGCGAAGGAAGCCGCCGGUGAGGAUCCGCCCGAAGUGGGUGAGAAGCCAGAGCCAGUAACUAAGCCGACGCCUCUAUCCGAAAUUGAUGAUGAUUUCAAAACCGAGUAAAGGAAUAAGGCUCAUUCUUUUGUGUUGUUAUUGCAACCUUUGAAAUUUGCAUCAUCUUGCUUGGUGUCAUUGGUUUGUAAAAUUAGCUACUUCUUAUGUAAAAAAAUCCUGAAAUCUUAGAAUCGUCUACAUCUUGAUAAAGGACACUAUGCUUCUCUCAUUUUCUACCUAGACCGAAAUUCGAAACGUUAUCACACUAAUGAACAUGAUGACUGAAGAUAGAAAAAGACUUAGAACGCUCAGAACAGAGUAGGUGAUAGUAUAGAAAGCUGAAUAGAAUAUAAUCAUCAUGUGUGAUGUCCCUACACCAGAAAAACAUCAAACUCAUGCACUUCAUGUCUUUCAAUGCAAAUAAUUCUAAUACUGGGCUGCCUUUCAGAGACGUCUCCUCCUCCAGUGAUUGGUAUCUAUUUAGAUACUUUGUAACCGAAUGAAGUAGAAGAAUUUGAGGUGCAGCUGCAACAGUAUUUCUUUAUGGUUGUAGAUGAUACAGAUACUUCUAGACUAAACGACCAUCAUAAAAGCAACAAAAACACUGUCAAGAUCAUUAUGAAACAGGAUCGAGCGCAAGGACAAUAAAAAAAGAUCAAACAACGACCUGGACAUGAUCUAGACCUGGUCUAGAUCAUGGCAGCUCCCGCGCAGAAC